UAGAUGAAUGAAUGAGCUAUGGUUGUAGCUCAUUAGUCAUUCACAAACAACACAAGCACACUCAUUUCCAGAAUGCCUCAUCACACGAUGCAUUCCCCCCAACCAAUCUCUCUCUUCUCUCGCUUUCCUUUCCUCUCGCCCUCAUCUCCCCUCCCACUCUAUGCUAGUGUGUGAGUAGCUCUCUCUUUCUACCCCUCGCAGACACGCACUCUGUCAGUGGAGGAGAUGGUUUAGAAACCCAUCUGUAGCUGAAUGUUAUCACCUCCUUGUGCAUGCCCAUCUAAGAGGAUUGUGUCCUUUUUCUGCGCGGACCACUUUUUUCCCUUUUUUUCCCUUGUUCUUUUUUUCCUGUUUUCUUAUCUGCCAAUCAGGUUUCUGAUAUAGUGAGUGUUCCGCUGAAGUUUUUCUUGCAUAGCUGAAGCACCUGCUUAUGACUUAUAUUGAUGUGAUCUGUGUGUCCUAACACACAUGGCACAGCUUAAGCCAUUAGUUUUUUGUCUACUGGAAUUGUUUCAUUUUGCCGUACAAGGAUCUUGCUGACAGCGUGGUAGGAAUCCAGGAGUAAACUCUUAGGAGAAACAAUGAGUUGGACUCAUUAUAAAUACUAAACGUCUGUUUGCUUGGAGCUACGCCAUCUGAGGAAUCCAAUUAAGAGAUGACCACUGUGCCAAUGGAGCCCAUAGUGGCGAUGCUGGAGAAGGUUUCCAAUGUCACUGAGCUUCCAGUAGAAGCUUCUACUGAAGACCUGGCUGCCACCUUCACCAUCGGCACCAUCCUGUCCUUAAUGUGUCUGGUGGGGGUGUCUGGAAAUAUCUACACUCUCGUGGUCAUGUGCCACUCCAUGCGCUCGGCUGCCUCUAUGUACAUCUACAUCAUCAACCUGGCACUAGCUGAUCUGCUUUACUUGCUCACGAUUCCAUUUGUGGUGUGCACACAUUUCCUGAAGGGCUGGUACUUUGGAGACGCUGGAUGUCGGAUCCUCAUCAGCAUGGACUUCCUUACAAUGCAUGCCAGCAUUUUUACCCUGACUGUCAUGAGCACAGAACGUUACUUUGCCGUCCUCAAGCCUCUGGAUACAGUCAAACGUUCGAAGAGCUACAGAAAAGCAAUCGCCCUCUUGGUGUGGACAGCUUCGUUGAUUCUCACCUUACCCAUGAUCAUCAGCGUCCAGCUGAUGACGGAAAGCUCCAAGCCAAUGUGUCAACCCACCCUGAGCCCUCUCUCAUAUAAAAUUUACAUCUCCUGUCUAUUUGGCACCAGCAUUGUGGCUCCAGGGGUGAUAAUCGGGUACCUGUACAUAUGCCUGGCACGAACCUAUUGGAUUUCCCAAACGGAGACGUUCAAGCAGACCAAGAAGCUCCCAAACCAGAAGGUGCUAUAUCUAAUCUUCACUAUCGUGCUCCUGUUCUGGGCCUGCUUCCUGCCUUUCUGGAUCUGGCAGCUUCUAGGUCAGUUUCGGCCUCAACUGGAUCUCUCCACCAAGGCCAAGCGUAACAUUAACUAUCUGACCACCUGUCUGACCUACAGCAACAGUUGCAUUAAUCCGUUCCUCUACACCUUGCUCACCAAAAACUACAAGGAGUACCUCCGCAAGAGACAGAGGACAUGGACAGCUGGCAACUACCUCAACCGGCGGAACCGCUUUCAGCGUUCGUCCCGACUUUCCUUGUCCUCUAGCAGCCAGCAGUGCACGGAGAGCUUUGUCCUUGCGCAUACAUCUCGCACCAACAACAGCAGUUUUUGAGGGAUAGAUGACGGUCUGGGGCAAGACAGGAGCAAAGCAAGCCAAGAAGGCUGGUAUUUUCCUCCUCCAAACAGAAGAAGGAGAGCAAAGGAGGAGUACAGCGGGGAAGAGAAGAAAAGCAAGUCACUGCAUGAGGAGUCAUCUCCAUCUCACCUGUUGAUGCAUUUUUCGAUGACUCUUUUUUUUUUUUAAGAGGGAAAAACCAAUUCCCAGUUCAUCGGUUUUCUCAAAGUCUUGGCUGUUAUGACUGUGAACAGGGGAUAUUUUUGUAUUAUUAUUAUUAUUAUUAUUAUUAUUUUAUUUUUUUGAAAAUCUAUCAAACUUCCUCAUCAAGGACCAAAUUUCGAGACAGGGCAAUAUUUCAUCUCCUCUUUUCCAAGGGACUCACCUUGAUGAUAGUGAUUUCGGUUGCACUUUAUUUUACAGUAUUUAUCUAAAAAAGUUCUGGUAACACAAGGUAACUACAAGGGGUAGGGUUAGGUUUAGGGGUAUGUUCAGGGUUAGUACCUAGUUAUUACAUAGUUAUUGUAAUUACUAUAAUAAGUACAUAGUAUGUACAUGAGGAACAGGACUGUAAAAUAAAGUGCUACCAUCAUUUCCUUCAAAUAACUGCAAUAGUAGCUAUCUGAAUCCUUCCCGAACAUAACUCUUGCAAAUCUGUAUCUCUCAAAUUUUAUGAAAGAGUCUUGCUCUAUUUGAUCUCAAGGGCCACGUUUUACAUGAAGCUAUUCUAUUUGAUUUGUCUUUGGUAAUUUGAUUAUCUUUUUUUUUUACAGUCAUGGCCAAAAGUUUUGGCAGUGACACAAAUUUUAUGUUUUGCAAAACGCGUUACUUAAGCUGUUGUGGUGUUCAUUCACAUUGCUUGUAGAUUAUGUCAAUGCCAAUACUUGUAGAAACUAUAUGAAUGAACACCAUAACAGCUUAAGUAGUCAAUUUAGCAAAACACAACAUUUGUGUCGCUGCUAAUACUUUUGGCCACGACUGUAGGGUAAUAAGUGGCAAUGCAGCCAUAGGAAGUCUCCCAGAACACUGGAGGAAGGACUUCUGAGUACCCUAUUAUUUUUCAGAAUGCUGUAUUCCAUUUCCUGGGCCUGUCAAAUGGAUUGUCUCUGAUCAGUGAGGAUUCUGUCUCCUCCAUCCUAUUUCCUUGAGGCAGACAAGACUAGAGGGUUUACGUUGACCUCAGCCUGACCUGAGAGCUGUUUCUUCAAACAACAAUGCAGAAGAUGCUUGGCUUUGACUUCUAAUGAGUUAGACAUUUAUACUUUCCAUACUGACAGGUCAGUACCCAUCCAUAUGGAAGGUCCGUACAGAUACAGGAUACACACAAUGUGCACGAAAUGUGCACUGCAGGGUGAAACUUACCAACUUAGAAACUUUAACUUCAUGACUCCAAAGGAACAGAUGAAUUAUCUUAAUGCACAAUGAUGAAAUGGCUCUUAUUUUUGUCGGACUUUCUUUUACACAAAAGAUAAACAGGAAAGUACUGCCCAAAGUAUGUAUGUUGCUUUGGUUUGUUGAAUCUGAGGAAUGCCUAUUUUGUUUUGGUACAGAGAGCUCAUAUAUAUCCUUGGUGAUACAUUAUAAUAAGGGUCAAUUUGUUAAAAGUGUUUCACAAUUUGCAUUAGAGAUGCAUUAACUAUCAUAAACUAAUGAUAAACAAAUGUAUUUAUUAAUCUAGAUGAAUGCUAUUUUAAUUAUAUAAAAUAUUGACAUAUAGUUGUCAUUACAUUGCAACUUGUUAAAAUUUAACAUCCCACUAUAUUAAUAAAUGCUGUAAAAAUACUGUUCAUUGUUAGCUCAUGAUACCAAUGCAUUAUCUAAUGUUGACAGAUUAUUGUAAAGUGUUACCAUGUACUUAACGUCCGUGUUGUAUUUUAUAUUAUUAUUACUAUUAUUAUUGCAGAUUGCUUGUUGUAAAUAUAAAAGCUACAUAUUAUUUAAAUUUUUACCUACAUCUCUGUUUACACAAAAGCUAAAGGCAAUCAAAGAUCAGGUGUAGUAAAAUGUGUAUUAUAUGAAAUAUAUAUAAAAGACAAAAACAAAGAAAAAAAAACAUUUUUGCACAUAUUGCAACAUGACACACACAAAUAAAUCAGUAAAUCAGAGGGAGAUGCUUUCCACAGAGCAAGUAAAUUCAUAGCUCAGAUGCAUUUUGUACAUCAAGGUAGAAUAAGUUCGUUCCAAAUGACUAAAACAGUACACAUUUUUGACUGCUGUGUAAGAAAUUAAUUUAUUUCUAAUAUAAACUUUGUAGUGGACAUUCUUUCGGGAAGAUUAUUUAGUGUUCAAAAACAAACAACCAGAGGCAAUUGAGAAUGCAAAGGAUAAAUGCAAAAAUAUAUAUAUAUAUUUUUGAAGAGGUUUGGUUGAGACCACACAGAUAUUUCAACAAUAUGUUUUUUCUUUGUGUCUUUGUUUUGCUAUUGUGAUGUGGUGAUACUGUUUUUCUACAUUUCGCACUAUUUAGUCUAUGUGCAACUGCAUCAUUUCUCACUGUAGUUUAUUUAUAAGACCCAGUGAUGCUUGCUGAGCAAUGUACCUUACAUGCACCCAAUAAACAUGUUCCAUAAACAGCAGCAGUACUUAAU